UGUCAAGCCCUCUAUGGUUCUCUGAGGAUAUCAGAGUACAUACGACAAACCACUGAGAAGGUACGUACUGUGUGACAACAAUGUUAGUGUUUGAUAUGUGCGGAUGAACGGAGAGCGCUGGUGUAGACCUCUGAAGGGAGUGUGGUUCAUCUGCUAGCCAGAGGCCUUGGAGCCAUUUUGUAAGAAGGGGCGAUCAUAGCAUCAGACCUCAAGGGGGCUCUGCCGCUAAUGACAAUUUGACAGUACCUUGCAAUAGCAAUCAACCUCCCUGCCAAAAUGUUUUUAUGACCAAAUAGCAAAAAAACAUUUCUUUAUAAACAUAUCCAGAGUAACCUUAAUGAGCUACAAAAGGAACGACAAUACUGGUAUACAAACUACAGCCUGAAAUGGAGAAAAAUACAAAAAUGAUUCAAAAAAAUUAAAGCUGAAGAGAAGGAUCUCAAAAUAAAUGUUGAACUGCCAUCCUCACCAUGCUCAAACCACCAACAUGUCAACCCUUUCAGUACAUAAACAAUGGGGAGGCUGAAAGCAUGGGUUGGUUCCGUUAUCAGAACCCAGACAGGCUGGCUCAGACAUUACCCAAACAGUCACACACAUGAAAGCACUAGCAUGCAAAGCACACACACCCAGCGCCUAAAGACUGUCCAUCCCACGUCUUCUCUCGUGACUAUGAAAACACAUCGGAAUCCCCCUGUACACACACACACACACACACACACAGUGUUGGAUUUGUACGGUGUGGUUUUGGAACUAAACACUAAAUCUGUUCAUGCUGGGGUAGUGCAAGACAGGAACGUGCGAGAGAGACAGAAAGAAAGAGCGGCUGAGAGAGAAGAAAGGGAAGAAAGGAGAGGCAGAGCCCUGGAGCAGGGUAGCUGGUCCCUUUCACCAGCAGGUAACCAUGGCCACACUACCAAGCAGGCGUUUCUGUCUGUUGGCUUCGGCGAUUGUGCUGUUCAUCCUGGAGGCUGAGGGCUGUCGUGUUGGCAACUGGUCCGAGUGUGAAAAGGUUCCCUUCGUCCCGGGCCACAACCUGGCCGGUGAAGGGUUUGACGUUGUGCGGAUGCGUCGAACCGGGGCGUACGUCAUCAACGUCAAAGCUUACCUGAGCGCCAAUCGCACCUGCACGCUCUGUCCCAAUCGAUUCCACGCCGGACAGGUGGAGAAGCUCCCGGCGGCAGUGUUGGACUGGCGCCCUUUCAGUCGCUGCAGCAAGCAGCUCUCCGGCGCCCUGCACCACUCAGUGGACUCCCUGAUUAAGAGCUCCAGCUCCAUGGUUAAAAAUAACUGGGGCGUAGGUCUGAGCCUGGAGGAUGUGGGCAAGGCCGUGCUUGGCGGUAGCCGCUCAGAAAUGGCCAAGUUCGCCCAUUCGCAGCACAGUGUGGACAAGGCCACGUUCGCUAUCCACGAGAUCAGCUGCACCUACUACAGCUACAGACUUGCUGACCACCCUCAGCUCAGCACAGAGUUCUCCAAACAUCUGAGACGCCUCCCGCAGAGCUCUGGUUCCCCAAAGAACAGAGCACUGUACAGACGACUUAUAGACACCUACGGAACACACUACAUACACCAGGUGCAACUCGGUGGUACAGUAAGGAGAGUCACAGCCUUCAGGACCUGCCUGGCAACAUUGAGGGGUUUCUCAGAGUCUGAGAUCAAGAACUGCCUGAAUAUUGAACUGAAGAUGUCCCUGGGUUUCCUGCCCGCCAACACCUCCUUCUCCAACAAAUGUGAUGCCCUCAUCAAGGGCAAUGUGAGCAUGGGCUUCUACCAAGGAUUCAUGACCCACAAGAUCGAAGUCAAUGGUGGAGAGAGGUAUUUCCCAGACAUCCUCUAUGACCAAGAUCCAUCAGAGUCCUACCAUAGCUGGAUGAACAGCCUCCAUGACAAUCCUGAUGUGGUUUCCUAUGCCAUCUUCCCUCUGCACCAUCUGGUGGAAGACCCAGAGGUCAAGCAGAACCUCAAGAGUAUGGUCACGGAAUACAUCAAGGAGAACCGGCUUAAGGAAGAACACCUGGGUUCCAAGAACUGUUCCCCGAACCCCAACCUGGACCACAACUGCUGCCCGCUUCGUGCAGGAAGGGGGACGCUGAAGUUGGAGAUUCACCGAGCUGCAGGUCUAAGGGCGGACACAUUCACAAAGACCGACGCAUACGUGAAGAUCUUCUACAAUGACAUGUAUGAGGAGACGGCGACGGUGAUGGACGACAAUGACCCCGUGUGGAACGCCACAUACAACUUUGGCUCUGUCGAGAUGGGCAAUCAGCUGCGGUUCGAGGUGUGGGACAGGGAUGUGCUCUAUAAUGACGUUGCAGGGAGAUGCGUGGUCUUCCCAGAGCGAGGGACUCACUCUCUGAGCUGCCAACUAAACAAAGGAGUUCUGUAUUUCACCUACAGUUCAACGUGUGAUCCCCACCUUAUCGGCUACAGGUGUGGACGGUACUCGCCAAAUGCAGAGUAGAUUAAUGUACUCGUACUUCUAUAAAUCAAUGCGAUUAUUGGUAUAUUAUAUAUAUAUAUAUGAAUAACAUUUCCAGUGGACCAUUUGACCUGGCAGAUUCUAGCAGAUGUAUUUUAGCAGUUAACUGACGUCAGGAUGUUACUAGCUACCUCAGAUCAUUUCUCAGAAUAGGAUCUUCCGUGGAAUCCAACCUGAUUUUAAUUAAAUCCAAAUAUUUUAGAAAAAUAAUGAGUGAUGACUAACUAAACUAUUACUUUUUAACUUAAUACAACCAGCAGUCGAUAUACAUAAAAGAACAGACAUGAAAAAUAGUGGGGAAAAUCCUAAAUACACCAAGUUAAAUAUGUGUAAGAGGAUAAGAGGGUUAAACAAGAGAUUGAAAAGAGGUUAUUCAUGCUCUACGUCAAAAAAGAAACGGCUACCAAAGACAAAUCAUUCUGAUAUUCCAUGUGUUUUUCAUUAUUAAAUAUGAACAAGAACAUACAAAAAGAUACAAAUGAUGUGAUAAAAGUCGUACCAACACAGUUUAACAGAUACAGCACAGUAGCUAAUCCUACAGUACAUGAAACACCACAGCCUCUCCCUCCUCAGACAGCUGCUGCUCCGGGUACCCGGGGGAGAGACAGCAGAACCUCAGUCAGGGGACAGCAGAACUUAAGAUUUGGAGUUUGACACUUUAUAUUGAGCCACUUGUUAUCUCUUAGAAUGAGAUAAGAAGUUUAUAUCAAAACCAUAAAAUAUGUUCAGUAUAGUCCAAUAUAUAUGCUAACAGUGUGUUGGCCAUCUGGCCAGAUCUCAAAUGGCACAAAUGUAAAAACUGGAAGUGCUCCACAAAUAUCUCAAAGCCUUACAUUUUGCAGAUAAAUUGGCCAUCUUCAUCUCGACCCUGAGAAUCUAUGCGGGGGGGGGGGGGGUCAUGGGAAUAGUAUGGGUUAUUUUAAAGUGCCCCGGGUAUGGAAACGUAGCUACUGUGCAGGAGCAUUAUGGCAGCUUUAUGGCGUCAUGUUCAUAGUUGUAUCACAAGAUCUAAAAGCUUUGUAUUUAAGGAAGAGCGUUCAAGUUUCUCCUACGAGUCCAGUUGAAAAGCCACAGCCUGACCACUCCCGACUAUGUACUGGUUGGGAGUGGUAUUUGUAAAAAGGUCAAUAAAAAUAACAAAAUAUUU